UAUAUGUAGAAGUAUUUAUUGAACAACAAUAUAUAUAUAUAAAUAUUCGGUUCUCAAGAGCACGAGUGUGUAAAAAACCGCGACAAAAGCGAAUCUUUGAAAUAAUGGUCGCCGACACGGAUCCAAAGAUCUUCAGAUUGUCGCAGAGCAAACCGUUGCUUAUGAUGAUGCUGAUGCAGUCGCUGGAGGAACAGGUGCAGGCCGAUGAGGACAUGGACUCGAAUGUGCCGACUGUUACCAUGCCGCCUGCCGAUCUGGACAUAGUGGAUCCACUCUCUCAAGGGCAAAUUGAGACGACCAUCGAGAUAAUGGAGAUCACCGACGAAUGCGACGACCUCAACACAAUGGAAGUGGCCGAGGAAUGUCACGUCGAUGAAUAUCACGAAGACGAUUCAAUGAUGAUGGAAGGCGAUCACAACAACACCAGCUACAAGUGUCAUGACUAAGACCAUGAUUGCCAGUGGGGGGAUUGGGAUUGGGGGAGUUUACGAACGCAUCAAUUCCAGCAACGUUUCUUAGUCAGGCAUUUAGAAUUUAGAAUUAAGAAUUUAUAAUUGAGAAUUUACAACAUUAAAAUGUCCAUUAAGCAUA